AUGGCAACUCCGGACGCCGACGAAAUGGAACGAUUCCAGCAGUUGUCGGAUCAGUAUCAAGCAGAACUUCCCGGACCAUUAGUCGGAGAAAAGAAGCCUCUGUCUGAGCUUGUAACUGAAUAUGCUCAAGCUGACAAUACCUAUGUUGUCAAAACCAACACUCUUGCUGUGACCCACUCUGCAUAUCGUCCGAUAAAAGGUGACGGACAAUGUGGAUGGCGUGGUGCAGUCUUUGGCUACUUUGAGAUUCUCCUCCGAUCUGGGACCAUUGGCCUGAUCGACCAGGAGUUGGUCCGCCUACAGAGCUUUGAACCGACAAUGAGAGCGGUCGGUGUCGACUAUGAUAUCAUCAUGGAUAUGUUUGACUACACAUGGGAGCUUUUUAGCGCCAUCAAGGCCGCCGCCGAACGCGGUGACAAAAGCGACCAUGUUCUUCUGGAGAUCAUGAACGACGGCCCCAAAUCUGAUUCGAUUGUUUAUCACUUCAAGAUGAUGACAAGCUCCUUCAUGCGAUCCAAUCCCGACCGCUAUGAAGCUUUCCUCGAGAUGCCCGUCAGCCAAUAUUGCUUGACAAGAAUUGAUCCGGCAAAUCAAGAGAUUGACCACAUUGGUUUGCAAGCUUUGACCGAUGCAGUUAUUGCUCCUGCGUAUAUCGCAUUGGAAGUCUCAUAUCUGGACCGGAGCACCGGCAGCGAGGUUACUCCUCACCCGUUCGUCCUGAACUCGCAGAAUUGGCCAACUAUUCGCUUGAUCUAUCGUCCAGGUCAUUACGACAUCAUCUAUAAAGAUGAUGACAAACCGAUCCAGGUUUUCCUUCAGACUGACACACCUCUAUAUGUCGCACCACUUGGCAGUGAACUGUUCAAAGGUGAUGCGGACGCCAUGGAACUGUACUUCACGAUGUUUCCCAAUAUGCCCUCCCAAGGUCAAACAGAUCCGCAAAUCGGUCCGUCAGGCAAUAUGUUCCCAUUACAGUUUGGGCGUCCACAAGCACCACAAGCACCACAAGCACCUCCAUUCUCCACAGAUACCGGUGUUGCGCAGCAGCCAUACCUUCCGCAAGUCUCUCAAACCGCACCACGGCCGCGACCACUAUUACCCCUCAGAGCACAAUCACUGCCGUACCAAACGCACCAAACCCCAAUGAGUCCCUCACAUCCGCGGGUGUCGCCCUCAACCAUAUCUCAAUCGCCUUCUCCAAACACCCCUGGUCCUGGGAUAACAAAUCUAGGCGCGGUACCUCACGGAGGCACAGACUUCCAGAUUCGAUACAAUGAGAUGUGUCACGUCUACAAUAGUCGGCAUCGUGAGAGUCUUCCCUUGGAUCCAGGAUCGUGCAGCAACUUCACUCAAAGUCCUGCCAAUUUCCUGAACCCGGAAUUCCAACCGCUGAUAUGGAAGGCGGAGGAACAAUACCACAAACGCGAAUGA